AUGCUCAGAUUAUCCUCAAACUCCUCAGAUUAUCCUCAGACUACUCCUCAAACUCCUCGGUCUAAUCUUCAGACUCCUCCUCAAACUCCUCAGACUACUCCUCAGACUACUCCUCAAACUCCUCAGAUUAUCAUCAAACUCCUCAGACUACUCCUCGGUCUAAUCCUCAGACUCCUCCUCAGAUUAUCCUCAAACUCCUCCUCAGACUACUCCUCAAACUCCUCAGAUUAUCCUCAAACUCCUCAGACUACUCCUCAAACUCCUCAGAUUAUCCUCAAACUCCUCAAACUACUCCUCAGACUACUCCUCAAACUCCUCAGAUUAUCAUCAAACUCCUCAGACUACUCCUCGGUCUAA